AUGGCCUGCUGCUCCACCAGCUUCUGCGGAUUUCCCCGCUUCUCCUGUGGCUCCAGCUGCUGUCAGCCAACCUGCUGCCAGACCACCUGCUCCCAGCCAACCUGCUGCCAGCCAACCUGCUGCCAGACCACCUGCUGCCAGCCAACCUGCUGUCAGACCACCUGCUGUGGCCAGGAGGUUGGCUGUGGAGCCCUGAGCUCCCGCACCAGGUGGUGCCGCCCUGACUGCCGCGUGGAGGGCACCUGCCUGCCCCCCUCCUGCGUGGUGAGCUGCACACCCCCAACCUGCUGCCAGCUGCACCAUGCCCAGGCCGCCUGCUGCCGCCCAUCCUACUGUGGACAGUCCUGCUGCCGCCCACUCUGCUGCUGUGAGCCCACCUGCUAUGGGCCCAUCUGCUGUGAGCCCACCUGUUAA